UCUCAAUAGAUGGCGUUACUUACUGUGUUAAAUUGUAAACAAAACGAACAUAACCUCAAAAAUUUUAAAUUAAUUUUUUUUUUUAGAAUUAAAAAUUCCAUCACAAAAUCGCGAACAACCCGAUGGUCGUGCUGAUCCCGAAGAAUCUGAACCUCCUGCUUUACCAUUAACACCUCCGCCAACGUUUGAUUCAUCUCAUAACAGUUCGUUUUUACAUGGGCAAGUUAAAACAAGUACGAUUCAAGAUAAACCGAAAAUUCCUUGUAAACCGUCCACUAUUCUUAUAAGAAAACCGAUAAAUAACGUUCCAUCAAUUGAAAAUCAUCCACAACCGGUUGUUUUAACAACUUUUAUACCCAACACUGACAAUAAAUCAGAAACUAAUUUAAACCAAAAUUUAGUUUCAACUAAUAAUUUAAUUAACGGAAAACCGAAAGUGGUUAAAUUAGAAAAACAAGAUUCUGGUAGUAAAAGAAAAGCUCCUAAACCACCAUUACCAGACGAUGAGAAAAUCGAUGAUAAAAAGGAUCGAUUUUCGAUGUUGAUUAAUAAUCAAAGGAUUAAAUCGCCGAAAUUAGAAGAUAUUUAUGCAAAUAGUUACCAAGGUUUACCCCCGGAACCGCUUCCAAGAAGAUCUUUAUCAUUAUCCUCCGAUAAUUUGUUGGCACAAAGUGAAGAGAAGAAAAAGCGAGCUCGAUUUUCGUUAAAAAAAUUUUUACGAAUGGGUUCAAACAAAGAUUUAAAUAAAACACCGGCUCAAAAUGAUUUGCAACAACAAAAAAUUAAUUUAACAAUACCAGAAGAUUUCGGACCAGCCCCUCAAAUAAAACCAAGAUUAGUUAUUGUUCAUCCAUCGGAAUUAAAUGGUGAUAAAGUUGAGGUUGUUUCAAAAACACCAUUGCCAUCGUUUCAAGACGUUCCAGAUUAUUCAAAUUUGAAUCAAUUAAAUAAAUCGGUUAUAAAACCAGCUCCGCCACCAAGAAAUUACGAAGAUUACACACCAAAACCGAAUCUUCCGCAUCCCCCGAAAUCACAACAUGUUAUAAAUAAACAAAAAGAAUAUUCAAAGAUAUUAAAUUCAAAAAAAGUCGAAACUGUUUAUGCAAAUAUUGGUGAGGUUAGAUCGGCUUUAACACCGAAUAAACCCCAUCGAACUGCGAGUAUGCGAGAAAGAGAAGCUCAACAACAAAAAAGAGCUAAUAAUAAUAAUAAUAAUGGUUAUGAAAAUGUGAAUGUUAAAAAUUUAAACUCCAAUUCAAACUCGAACGAAAAUUAUUACGAUUAUGUUAAUAAUCGAUCGAGUUCGCCCGAAUGUGAUUCAAAAACUAACGGGAAUAGAAGAGAACUUAACGGGUUAAGUCAAAAAUCGGAAAGCAAUAUUGAUAUUUCUUCAGAAAAUUAUUAUAAUAAUAAUAAAUAUCAAAAUUGCGGGAUUAUUCCAAGAUCGCUGUCUUUAACUUAUUGCGGAAGUGAAACCGAAUCGGAAAUUUAUUCACCUUAUAGUUUUUGUGGAAGCGAAUCUGAGAUUGCCGAAGAUGAAAAUGACCAUCAAUGGGGUACAACGAACGGAAAAAUUCACAAAUUACGUUCGAAAAAAGGUCGAAGUAUCGUUCAUAAAAACCUCGAAGAUAAUUACGGAGCUGUAAUUGUAGCGAAUCAUGAAGCUUUAGCGCAAGUUUUAGAAAAUAUUCAACAAAAUGCACCAAUCCAACCGGCUUUACGAGGUUUAAAGUCUCUUCCGAGUCUUCGUUGGACCGAUUUUACGAUUAAAAAUAGCGACUAUUGA